CCCUCCUUAUUUGUCCGCCUCAACUCUCCCCUAACCCUGAGCCGACUCCAGAGCAGUUAUUCACUCAUAACUCUCUGCUCAGUCAGCCAUGGCGGUGGACAAGAGCAAGCUCGACGAAGAACAGCAAUCUUGCAUUGUGCGCUUCUACAAGAUAGUGCUUAGCUGGGACUACCUCCGCAUUCUCAAAGAUUCUGAAAAUUACAAUAAGAAGAGGGAGAAAGGGGAAGCGUCAGGCGUGAGAGCAGUGAAGGACACCUACAGUGAUGUUGAUGACUAUAUUGCAACUUUUGAGCCUCUUAUGUUUGAGGAAGUUAAAGCUCAGAUUAUUCAAGGGAAGAAGGAUGAUGAGGGAGGAACACAGUGGACUCAGGCUAUUGUAGCAGAAUGCAAUGAACUCAAUGGUUUUCACUUGCCAACGAUUAUAUGUGCAGAUGUGGAAUCAAUAUCACAGAAUGAUCUAUUGUUACUUUCAAACAAAAAGUUAGAGGGCAAACCACUCCCAACUGCAUAUGCAUUUGCUUUUGUUGAGCACCGUCAACAAGAUAAAAUAAAAGUUAGGAUGCACUUAAAUGGGGAGUACAAACAAUACAAUACAGACAAGGUUGAUGCUUGCCCAAGGCUUUUGAAUAUGCGGCCUCUUAUUAGUGAAAUCCAGAAAUAUUUGUAUGUUCUCAAGAUAUGCAGUUUGUCAACUAUUGCCCGUGAAUAUGUUGCUCUGUGGUCUAUUAGCUCUCUUCCAUUUAAGGAUUUAAUAUUAUCUGCAGCCGAAAGCAAUUCGGAUAAUGAUGAUCGAGCAUGGAAAAUUUCAAAACCUCUGAAUGAGUAUAUUGAAGCCAAUCACAAUAAAUCUCAGCUUGAGGCUAUAAAUGUAGGCCUUUCACGUAGAACCUUUGUGUUAAUACAGGGGCCCCCAGGAACAGGAAAAACACAAACUAUCCUUGGGCUUCUUAGUGCCAUGUUGCAUGCUACACCAGCUAAAAUACACUCAAACAGGGGAAAAUUGAAUACUUUAAAAUGUGGACCAGAAUUUUCCAUCCAGGACAAAUACACACACUGGCUUAGAGCAUCUCCAUGGUUAGCUGGACUUAACCCUCGAGAACAGGAGAUGCCUAAAGAUGGAGAUGAUGGCUUUUUUCCCACAACUGGCAAUGAGUUGAGACCAGAAGUAGUCAACUCCAGUCGCAAGUAUCGUGUUCGGGUUCUAAUAUGUGCUCCAUCAAAUUCUGCCCUUGAUGAGAUUGUGCUACGUGUGCUAAAUACAGGUAUCCGUGACGAAAAUGACCAUGUAUACAAUCCUAAAAUUGUGCGGAUUGGUCUAAAGCCUCAUCAUUCUGUCCAGGCAGUUUCCAUGGAUCACAUAGUGGAACAAAAAAUGGCUGGCAUGGACAUGCAAAGUACUAGUGAUAAACAGAAGCAAGGGGGGACAGGAAAGGAUAAAGACAGUAUUCGUGCUUCUGUUUUGGAGGAAGCUGUUAUUGUCUUUUCUACUCUUAGCUUCAGCGGUUCACCUCUCUUUAGUAAAUUGAAUCAUGGUUUUGAUGUUGUCAUAAUAGAUGAAGCUGCUCAGGCUGUGGAACCAUCAACACUUGUUCCAUUGGCCAAUGGGUGCAAACAAGUUUUUCUUGUUGGUGAUCCUGUUCAAUUGCCAGCUACGGUGAUCUCUACUGUUGCUGAAAAACUUGGAUAUGGCAGAAGUUUGUUUAAAAGACUGCAAAAAGCUGGCUAUCCAGUGCAGAUGCUGAAGACUCAGUAUCGCAUGCAUCCAGAGAUAAGGACCUUUCCUUCAAGAGAAUUUUAUGACGAGGCAUUAGAAGAUGGACCUGAUGUCGAAGAGCAAACGAAGCGCGCAUGGCAUAAUUAUCGCUGCUUUGGGCCCUUUUGCUUUUUUGACAUACACGAGGGGAAAGAAACCCAGCCCUCAGGAAGUGGCUCUUGGGUGAAUGAAGACGAGGUGGAGUUUGUACUUCUAAUUUAUCGUGAGUUGGUGACUAGAUAUCCAGAACUUAAGUCAAGCUCCAAGCUCGCAAUUAUAUCCCCAUACAGGCAUCAAGUCAAGCUUAUACGCAAAAAGUUUCGUGAGACAUUUGGAUUAGAGUCGGAAAAAGUUGUUGAUGUCAACACAGUUGAUGGAUUCCAGGGACGUGAAAAAGAUGUUGCAAUCUUCUCAUGUGUCCGGUCGAAUAAAGAUAGAGGUAUUGGAUUUGUGGCUGAUUUCCGGCGAAUGAACGUUGGCAUCACUAGGGCUAGGGCCUCAGUCUUGGUUGUAGGUUCUGCAUCAACAUUAAAAAGAGGAGACAAACAUUGGAAAAACCUGAUUGAAAGCGCAGAGCAGAGAAAUGCACUUUUCAAGGUCACCAAGCCAUACAAUGAUCUUUUCACCAACGAGAAGCUGAAGACGACGUGGUCUAGAGACUCUGCCCAACAAGGGAUGCCGGAGGCACAUACAGGCGAUAUGGAUACCGAAAUACCUGUCGAGACUACUGCUGUCGAUGCUGAUCAAGAGCAAGGAGAAGAACCCGAGUGGGGAGAUGGUGGAGAUGAAGGCAUGGAUGGCGGUGGCGAGGACUAAGGUGACAAGUAUGCCCCCAGCAUUACUUCACUAUACCACAAGAUAGGAUAUUAUGAACUCAAUUUGCAGUAUAUUUUUGGACCAACCUAUCAAUACAUUCCCAAUAUUAUAUUUA